GUGAAACAGAUUUAUUAUCAAUACUUCUUUUUACCUUGUUUACCAUGAAGUUCCUUUCGGCAAUCUCACUUGUAAUAUCUAGUGCAGCUCUUGUUCAUUCAUUUCAACAUGAGUUUACUGUACAAAGACCUGUACCGAUCGAACUUUUUGUAAUGAGCAAAUGUCCAGACAAGGUCUACUGCGAAUCAGUCAUUGCUCAAGUCUUGGAAGAGGUUAGAGUACCAGUAACACUAUCGAUUGAUUAUAUUGGCACAACCGACAAAUAUGAUCCUUUGAGAACUACAUGUAUGCAUGGCCCUUCUGAGUGUUUGGGAAAUAAGCAAGAACUAUGCUUCAAACGCUUAAACCCUGAUAUCAAAUCAUGGUUUCCCUUUGACCUUUGUUUAAACAGAAAUUAUGAUAAGAUAGGAACAAGCGAUAGUUUAUUCAGAGCAUGUGUUAACGAACAAGGAAAGAAUGCCAAUGCUGUUCAUUCGUGUGCCACAAGUCAAUUCGGUGCUCGUCUUUUGUCCGAAUCAGUCCAGCACACAAAAAGUCUUGGUAUCCGUAAGAGCUGUACCAUUUUCAUCAAUCACAAAUUGCGCUGUGUCAGGGACGGCGAGUGGAAGGACUGUGAAGGAGGAUACAAGGUCUCUGACUUUGUACAGACCAUUGAAGAUUCCUACUAUCAAAAUGAAGUCUAGAAAAUAAAAAUAAAAUUGACCAUAUGAGAAUC